GCGAGCCACGCAGGGCACCUCCCCGCCGCCCCGAGAGCCCCUUUUCUUGGUGCUUCGUGGGGGUCGUUUUAGUGACCCCAGUGCUCCUGCUCCCCACAUCCUUCGGUCGCUGUGGUAAACCACCACUGUACCAGUCUAUGAAGUUAAAGGGUACCCCUAAAUCUUCCUAUUUACCUGGGGAGAAAGCAUUUUAUGAGUGUAAACCAGGAUACUCCUAUUCGUUUAACUAUGCCCUCUAUACCUUUUGUGAGAAAAAUAGCACAUGGUUCCCUGUUGUUGAAGCUUGUUACAAAAAAGCAUGCCCAACCCCAAGUGUGCAAAGUGGUAAAGUAGAUGCCCCACAAAUGGGCUUUGAAUUGGAUAAAGAAGCUCACUUUUAUUGUGAUUACGGUUUUUACUUAAAAGGUGAACCAAUUCUAACUUGUAAACUUUCUGGAGACAAGGUGCUUUGGGACCAUGAUAUACCAACAUGUGAAAAGAUUUUUUGUAAAGCACCUGGAAAAAUAAGUAAUGGAAAAUACACGAAUAGCUGGAAGGAGGUAUUUGAAUUUAAUGAAGUAGUGACUUAUACUUGUGAUCCUUCAAAUGGACCUCAGGAGUAUUCACUUAUUGGAGAGAGCAAGCUUACUUGUUUUGGGCCUAGCAAAUGGAGUAGUGACCCUCCUCAAUGUAAAGUGGUCCAGUGUAAACCGCCAGUACUCAAACAUGGAAAAGCAGUAUCAGAAAUGAAAAAAAAGUUUUCCUACCAAGAUAAGGUUGCAUUUGAAUGCCUGAAGGGUUUCUACCUUAAUGGCAGCAACCCCGUGUUCUGUGGUGGAAGCAGUACUUGGGAGCCUGCGAUGCCCAAGUGUAUUAAAGAUUCCAAGUCUACUCCUCCAGCCAAGCCACCAGUUGCAAGAUAUCUAGGCUAUCCCAACUUUCGUGAAUUAUCAUCAUCUGAAGAGAUUGUGGAAUUAGAACCAGGAACCAUUGCUCUAUUUAGUCUUUCUAUAUUUGUUGGCGUUGCAGUAAUUUUAAUCUGUAUGUACAAGUGUCUUCACAGAGAGGAGAAAGAGUAAAUUAAACUUUUAUUCUCAUUUA